UCUCCAUCAUUGUGCAUUUUGUUUGUUAUCGUGCAUUUUUAUAUUUAUUUUUUUAUUUAAAAUUAUAUUAAUCAUAUCCAAAACAAUCAAUCAGAUUCACAUUCUUUUGAUUUUUUAUUUGCCUAUGUAAACAAGUUUAAAGUUUCGUAAGUUUGCUGGCAAUUACAUGUAGUAUUAUUUUAGAAUCGAGAUAGCCAAUAAUAGAUUGUUUCAUAUAUGAUUAAGGAAUGUCACAAGAAGCAGUAUUUUACUAUAAAUUGUAAUUGUUAUGUUUUGUAAUUGUGAAAAUCAGUGGCAUCCAGAAUACAGCUAUACUUUAUAUUUUAAAUGAAUAAAAAUUAUAUUAGUUAUAUUGUUGAAUGGGAUAACCUUACUUCGAAGAUCUCAAUUGUUUUCUUUUCUUUUUCAUUGUAAAUACAUAUAAAUUGAAAUGUUUAAACAAACAUUUAAAACGAAUUUUAUAAUAAAACAAUUUGGAAAAUUAAUUUCACCUAUCACAACUGAAUCAAAAAUUUGUAACAUAUUAGCUACAAAUUUAAAACUUGAUGGGAAUGCUAUCAAAAUACUUCACGAAAAUAAGGUGGAUAGUAAACUUAGGAAAAUACCAGAAGAACAAAUUAUUCGGAAUUGUGUAAUAUUGCAGAAUAUGAAUGUAAGAUUAGAUAAAGUAGAGCUAUUGAUACCCUGUUUAAAGCUUCAGCCUAAAACCUUAAGAAAUAGAAUACUUAUAUUUAAAGAAAUGGGUGUGAAAUCUAUAAAUUUAUAUAAUAUUAGACGAUUUUUAUUGUUGAUGCAAAAAUCUACAAGCUACUUUAAGAAAUUAUUUGAUAUUCCACGUAACAAAAGUAUAAUGAAGAUCAUAUUUUCUAAUGUAGAUCUAACAUAUAAUGAGAUUGAUAAAUAUAUAAUUAAAAAUGAGACCCAUACUACAAUUGGCUAUUAUUAUCAAUUUUGCAUUAUGUAUUAUCAAAAACAUCAUAUGAAACUAGAUAAUAAAUUGUUUCAUAAAAGAAAAAAAUUUAAAUAUGUAAGUCUUACUGAAAUGACCAGAUUGCUAGAUAUAUUGAAAAAUAAAUGUCAGCUUGAUGAAAAAUUUCUAGAAAAACAUUUGUAUGUUUUGAAUAUAGAUGUUAACAAUGUUGAAGAAGUUUUGAAUGAACUUAACACCAACUUAAAUGAGAAAAGUGUAAUUGACUUAAUAAAAUUAUAUCCUCGAAUUCUGUUACAUGAUAUAAGCAAAAUAAAAAAUACAUUCCAACUUUAUCAAAACUUUGAUUUACAAAAUCAGUCGCAUAGAUCUAUUUUACAAGGUUUUAAAAUUAACAAAGAUACCUUUAUAGAAAGAUAUACAGAUUUUGCAAAUAAUUUGGAAUUAGAUGUGUGGUUGAAACAUCCACGAUUGGUAUUUAUGCUUUAUUAUCACAAAUCAAUCACGAAUCGUUUAACUUAUAUGAAACAUUUAAAUUGUUCAAAUAAUGCAAAUACUCAUACAUACUUAUCAAAUAAAGAUUUCUUUUUAAGAUACAUAGAAGGUGAUCUAUCUCAUACAGCUGCAACAAAACAUGUGUCAUAUAUUUUGAAAAAAGAAUUUGGCGAUAAUAAAAUUCAUUUACUAUCUUCUAUUAAAAAACAUCCUUUUUGGAAAUCCAUUCCACUACUACGCAUAGAUAAAACUAUAAAAUAUUUAAAGAAAUAUUUUUCAAUAGAGGAUAUAUGUAAAAAUAUUCAAAUUAUACUUUAUCCAAGGUCGCUGAUUCAUGAUACAUUAAACUUAUCAUAUAAAGAAUAUUCUCCACAAAAUGGAUAUAAUUUUACUUCUACUCAAUAUUUAGCAUUAUGCUUAUACAAAUUAGAACAAAAAUAUCAUUUUAGUGGAAAUGGAGUUUGGGAAGUCGAAAUAUCAGUUUUCAAAUCAAAUCUUUUUGAGGAUGUGUAUGAACUUGAUAAUCUUAUUGAACGUAUGAAUGUCGAUGAAAAUGAAGUAAUGAAUUUAAGUGGAGAAGCGUGGUUUGAACAUUUAUUACAAUAACAUUAAGUACAUGUACAGAACAACAUGUAAAAAGUAGGAUUCUUAAAACGUCAAAAUUAAAUAUUUUUAGAUAUAUGUAUAAUAGAUAUAUGUAUAAUAUUUCGCAUGUUAAUAAACAAAAUUUAAAAAUUAUCUUUAUGAGUUAGCAAUUUUAUACACAACAGUAGUAUGAACAUUUUACAAAAUCACCGACAUUUUCUUAAACAACAUUAUAUUUUUG